AUGGCGUUUCCGAAUCAUCUUUCGCAAGAAAUGGCGCUACAGCAUUUCUCAGAUCAACACUUGAGCGAGAACACCUCCGUUUUGAGAACGAUACUGCCUGAGCAGCUCGGUCAGUCAUCGCCGGACGGUGCGGUGAAGGACCACAAGGACAUACAGAGACUCAUCUUGGAGUCUGCGAGGAAGGCGCCGCCGGCGCAACAACCGCCGCAAGUCGGCGUAGGACCACCGACGUGGCUCAGCAGUGCGAUUCUCCGGCAGCAGAACCAGUACGGCGACGCCAAUUUCCUCAACUUGCACACGAACUCCGACUCGGCAGCGACGUCUCAGGCUUCGAAUCAAUGGCUUUCGAGAUCGAUUCUACAGCGGAAUGUCAGCGACGUGAGGGAUGACGUGCAGGUGGAGAACAAUGGGGGAGGAGGUGGAGAGUUGUUAGAGAGCGAUGUCGGCGGUGGCGGGGGCGGUCGCGGGGGCGGUACCGGUGGCGAUGGAGUGAUGAAUUGGCAGAAUGCACGGUACAAGGCUGAAAUUCUGGCUCAUCCGCUUUACGAGCAGUUAUUGUCGGCCCACGUCGCGUGCUUGCGUAUAGCGACGCCGGUGGAUCAGUUGCCCAGAAUCGACGCGCAGCUUGCUCAGUCUCAGCACGUGGUGGCCAAGUAUUCGGGUAUUGGCCAUGGCAAUAUUGGUGAUAACAAGGAGCUCGAUCAAUUUAUGACACAUUAUGUGCUGUUACUCUGUUCUUUUAAAGAACAACUGCAACAACAUGUUCGUGUACAUGCAAUGGAAGCGGUAAUGGCUUGCUGGGAGAUUGAACAAUCUCUACAAAGCUUAACAGGUGUUUCCCCAGGAGAAGGCACGGGAGCUACAAUGUCUGAUGAUGAUGAUGACCAAGUAGAUAGUGAUACCAACUUAUUUGAUGGAGGUUUGGAGGGUGCUGAUGCAUUGGGAUUUGGUCCUCUCAUCCCAACAGAGAGUGAAAGAUCCUUAAUGGAGCGUGUAAGGCAAGAACUGAAGCAGGAACUGAAACAGGGUUACAAGGAGAAGAUUGAAGAAAUCAGGGAGGAAAUUUUGCGCAAAAGAAGAGCUGGAAAACUCCCUGGUGACACAACAUCUGUCUUGAAGGCUUGGUGGCAGUCACAUUCCAAGUGGCCAUAUCCAACAGAGGAAGAUAAGACAAGAUUGGUACAGGAAACUGGCUUGCAAUUGAAGCAGAUAAAUAAUUGGUUUAUUAAUCAGAGGAAGAGGAACUGGCACAGUAAUCCUUCCACAUCUACAGUCUUGAAAAGUAAACGCAAAAGUAAUGCAGGUGACAACAACAGUGACCGUUUCAUCUGA